AUGGUCGGAAAAACGCUGAGAAAAUCAGCAUCAGCCAUCUCAGAUACAGUUCGACGAACUUUUUCGACAAAACAAUGGGAGCAUCGAGAGCAAUUGCACACGCUUACAGAAGAGGUAACCCAAAAAAAAAUCUGAAAAAUUUCCAAGAGAAAAUAUUUUCAGAACAAAUUCUUUUUGAAAAAAGUGCGAUGGCAAAUUGCGAUUCUCGCACACUUGGGAUUCGCAAUCUCUUUCGGAAUCCGAUCGAAUUUCGGAGUUGCCAAAAAUCGAAUGGUUAACAAUUUCACCGAUGCUUACGGCGAUGUUCAUGAGAAGGAAUUCUAUUGGACAGCAACUGAGAUUGGGAUGAUGGAGAGCUCGUUUUUCUACGGAUAUGCGGCGUCGCAAAUUCCGGCUGGAGUUUUGGCGGCGAAGUUUGCACCGAAUAAGUGAGUUUUGGAAAAUUUUUUGAAUUCGGGGGCAACAUUUGGAACUGUCUAGAAGUUUCAGAAUGAAAAGUUCGAAUUCCCAAACCCAAUUUUUCCAGACUCUUCAUGAUUGGUGUUCUUGUUGCCGCCACUCUCAACGCCAUCACAGCCUUCUCCCUCCGCUUCCACCCAACAACAGAUUAUUUCGUAAUGUGCCUUCAAACCAUCCAAGGUCUCGCACUCGGUGUAACUUAUCCAGCAAUGCACGGUGUUUGGAGAUAUUGGGCUCCACCAAUGGAACGAUCGAAACUCGCCACAACCACCUUCACCGGUUCAUCAGUUGGUGUUAUGAUCGGGCUGCCAGCGUCCGCAUAUUUAGUGUCACAUUUUCAUUGGAGUACACCAUUUUAUGUUUUUGGUGCGUUGGGUGUUAUUUGGGCGGUUUUAUGGGCAAUUGUAUCUGGAGCAUCACCGACAACACAUCGAUAUAUUAGCGAAAAUGAAAAGGUUUAUAUCAGCGAGAAAAUUGGAACUGUAACUGUACAAAAUAUGACACUAACAACAUUGCCUUGGAAAGAUAUGCUGACCUCGACUGCGGUUUGGGCAAUCAUUAUUUGCUCAUUCUGCCGGUCUUGGAGCUUCUUCCUACUUCUUGGCAAUCAAUUGACAUAUAUGAAAGAUGUAUUACACAUUGAUAUCAAAAAUGUGAGUCAUCAGGGAAAACUAGAAACAUUUGAGAUGUAUGUUUUUGUAGAGUGGUAUAAUUGCGAUCUUCCCGCAACUUGGAAUGUGUUUGGUGACUUUGAUCAGUGGACAGGUUGCUGAUUAUAUUCGAGCUUCUGGGAAGCUUGGAACUCAGGGAGUUCGGAAACUUUUCAACACCGCUGGUUAGUGAACAUUCUGAUUUUUAGAGUUCAAAAGCUUUCUAGGCGCAUGUUCUUGACAGUUGAACUCUCUGGGCGCGGCUACUUGAAAGCUAGUUUCUCUAGGCGCUGAUCCUUGACAAUUGUACUCUCUAGGCGCAGCUACUUGAUAUAGGAUCUCUGAAGGCGAUGCUUCUUGUCAGGGUAGAUCUCCAGAUGUGGGUGCGAGAAAAUAAGGUUCUUUAGGCGUGACAGCUUGAGAACUACACUCUCUAAGCGCUGAUCCUUGACAAGUUAACUCUCGAGGCUUGGUUAUUUGAUAUAGAAUCUCUGAAGGCGCUGAUCCUUAACAAUAUGUACUCUCUAGGCACGGCUUCUUGAUAUAGGAUCUCUGAAGGCGCGGCUUCUUGCCAGCGUGGAUCUCUAUAUGUGUUUCCGAGAAAAUGAGGUUCUUUAGGCGUGACUGCUUAAGAACUAUGUUUUCUAGGCGCGGCUACUUGACAUACAAUCUCUCAAGUCGCGGCUCCUUGAUAAUUAAACUUUCAAGGCGCGGCCACUUGAGAACCAUGUCUUCUAGCCAAGACUGCGAAUUCUUGCAGGUUUCACAAUCGAAGCAGUCAUGCUCGGAUCAUUGGCAUUCGUUCGUGACCCCGUAAUCGCAAUCAUCUGCUUGAUCACUGCUUGCACUGGUUCGGGAAUGACGUUGGCUGGUUUCAAUGUCAAUCAUUUUGACAUUGCACCAAGAUAUGCACCAAUUCUUAUGGGUCUUGCAAAUGGACUUGGUGCAUUUGCUGGGGCUGGCGGGAUGAUCACCAAUGCCUUGACUUUUGAGGUGGGCUAAAAACUUGUCUGAGAGAAUUUGAAAGUCCAUAGAGAACCCCCGAAAAUUUUCAAUUUUCUAGAACGCCGAUGGUUGGAAAUAUGUUUUCAUGCUGGCAAUGAGUGUUGAUCUAUUCGGAAUUAUUUUCUUCAUGAUCUUUGCCAGAGGAGAUGUCUUGGUAUGUUUCAAAAUGUUUUUUCACAAAAAAAAAUCCACAAUUUUUUUAGUCAUGGGCUCGUGAACCGGAAAGAGAAGAAACAUUCCAUGAAUUUGUUCGGAGAAUGUGUAAGUUUCUUUCUCGAUUUUCAAAAAAAAUAUCAAAAAGGAUUUUUCUAGCCACAAUUGUUCGAAAACUUUCUCGUCGAAGUCGUUCUCGUAGCGUCGAAUCAUCGUAUUCGAAAGUGAAUGAAGAUCGACAAGAUUCAUCGGAGAUGAAGACUUGCAAAACAACAAUUGAACCUGUCACAUUGGAAGUUGUUCCAGAAGAACCGAAAGAUUUGAAAACUGAUCGACCUGAUGUAUAG